AUGGAUUCUAUCAUUGAACAACAACGGGGAUAUCAUGAAGAAUUAGAACGCGUCGAAGAUGCCAUGAUUAAAGAAAAUCUUCGUAAAAAGAUAUCGUAUCGUGAUCAAAUCAACAGUCAACAUUACGUCAAGCAAUUACUCGAGCGUGCUACGGAAAUUAGCGAACUAUUGGUGGAAUCUUAUGAAGAUGGAGAUGAGUUACGCAAAGAAGAAGUACAAUCAGUGUCUGGAUCCAACGAAUUUGCUGAAUUUUAUCGACGUUAUAAAUCCUUAAAGGAUUACUAUGCUCGUUAUCCAGCAGACAUUCAAGAACCUAUGCAGUUCGAGUUUCUGAAAAUGCAAGAAGCGUUUGAAUCUCAAUCAGAGGAUGUGCAGAAUCUGGUAACUUUUACCGAUGAAGAGGGCUAUGGAAAGUACUUGGAUCUGCAUGAGUGUCAUGAAAGAUAUAAUAAUCUUAAAGGAUUGGAACAUGUGGACUAUUUAACUUAUAUUACAACCUUUGAUCAACUAUUUGAAGUACCUAAAGAAAAGAAAAACAAUGAUUAUAAGGAUUAUCUAGAUUCAUUACUCAAGUACUUAUUUUCAUACCUUGAGCGUAUCAAGCCUUUACUUGAUCUAGAUAAGGAAUAUGACACUGCUAAAGAAGAUUUCGAAAAUAAAUGGUCACUGGGCACAUUCCCCGGUUGGCCGAAAGAUGCGGGUAGUGCCCUUUCGCGAACUGGAGCUGCCCUUGAUUUAUCAGCGUUUUCUUCAUCUGAGGAACUGAUGUCCCUUGGAUUAGAUAGAUUAAAAUCGGCGCUUAUGGCCUUGGGAUUAAAAUGCGGAGGUACUUUGGAGGAGAGAGCUAAGCGUCUUUUUAGUACCAAAGGCAAAACUUUAGAUCAGAUAGAUUCGUCUCUGUUUACUAAAACGAAAACAGGAAAAGGGCACCAAGAGGGAAGCGAUCGUAAUAAGGAAAUCGCUGGUUUAGAAGCUCAAAUUUAUCACACCUCUGAAUUACUAGGAACACAGAGGUCUCAAACGCGAGAAAAUAUAGAACGUAAAUUGGCACGUACUGCGGAAGAGUUAGAGGAAGAAGAAGAGGUGGAACAAUAUAGUGAGUCGGAAUCUGAUGAUGAUGGUGAAGAAGGUGUAUUGUAUAAUCCUAAGAAUCUACCCUUGGGUUGGGAUGGCAAGCCUAUUCCGUACUGGCUUUACAAAUUACACGGGCUCAAUAUUUAUUAUGACUGCGAAAUUUGUGGAAAUUAUUCAUAUAGAGGACCGAAAGCUUUUCAAAGACAUUUUGCGGAGUGGCGUCAUGCUCAUGGAAUGCGCUGCUUAGGAAUACCCAAUACUGCUCACUUUGCAAAUGUUACCAAAAUUAAAGAUGCAUUAUCACUUUGGGAUAAAUUGAAAGAUUCAAAGACUAAAGAACGGUUUGAUAGCGAUGCUGAGGAGGAAUUCGAAGACUCAUUCGGAAAUGUAGUUAAUCGCAAAGUGUACGAUGAUUUACGAAAGCAGGGCCUUUUGUAA